AUGGUGUUAUCGGUCCACCGCUUUCCAGAUGGAGCACUCAAUGAAAACUUGUUCAGAAAAGAAGCUGAAGCACUAGGCAGAGUGAAGCACCGGAACUUAACAGUUCUUCGAGGCUAUUACGCCGGGCCACCAGACAUGAGGCUUCUUGUCUAUGACUACAUGCCCAAAGGAAAUCUCGCUACCCUUUUGCAAGAAGCAUCACACCAAGAUGGCCACGUCCUCAAUUGGCCAAUGCGCCACCUUAUUGCACUUGGAAUUGCUCGUGGCUUGGCCUUCUUACACAGUUCCACAGUGGUUCACGACGAUGUGAAGCCCCAAAGCAUGCUCUUCGCUGCCGAUUUCAAAGCCCAUCUGUCCGAUUUCGGGCUAGAUAAACUCACAUUGGCAACCCCAGCUGAGGCCUCAAGCUCAACCACAGUUGGGACAUUAGGCUAUGUGUCUCCAGAAGCAGUUCUAACAGGAGAAGUCACAAAAGAAUCAGAUGUUUACAGUUAUGGGAUCGUUUUGCUUGAGCUCUUGACAGGGAAUAGGGCGGUGAUGUUUACCCAAGACGAAGACAUAGUGAAAUGGGUGAAAAAGCAACUCCAAAAAGUCACAUAUACCCUUCAAAACUCAGUCACGUGGCCAUCGUGUGAUCGAAAGUGA